CUUUCAGCAGCGAAGGGGCACGGAAAUGCUGCACAGAUUCCACAAGGGAGAGGAAUUUGCUGCCUUUUCGAACAUUUCCGUUUAACAAACCGAUUAUCUAGAAUCCGACGGGCUCCCUCUCCCUAUGUUGUUGUGACUCUGGAAAGUGACAGUCAGUGUUCUGGAAUGUGACAGGUGUGUCGCCUCUACCUGUUGGGGCAGUUGCAAAGCAGGAAGGAAGGAUGCCGGGAGUUGCAGAGGGCCUAAGCAGAUUGAAUCUUCACAUGCAGAGGGCCCAGCAGAAGAGCAGCAGCAUGUUAGGGAGGCUCAAACAGAUUUUUAAGAAAGACCAGCAGAAACCAUCGAGACCUCCCAAACCAGACGCCUCUCCUACGACUUCGUCCUCCUCCCAAAUUCCCCGCAGCAUUGGUCGGAGCCCCUUGGUAUCACAGGGAAGCUUGCCAUCACCGCCACGUCCUCAGAUCUCCUGGCCUGAAAACUGCGUGCGAUGGUCGCGCCGCUACGAUGCUUAUAUCUGCCACAGCGAGACAGACUCUAAUUACGCUCUCCGGUUGCUACGAUACUUGGAGGCCCAGCCGGAGAAGCUGCGCUGUUUCCUGCCCAUGAGGGACAUGUCAUUGGGAAGCCCAAUCCCGUCGGAGAUUUGCAGCGGUUUGGGGGACAGUCACUGCAUGAUAAUGCUGCUGACUCCGCAGUUCCUCGCCGACGACUGGUGUAAAUUCCACAUGCACCAAGCUCUGAUAGAAGCCCCGCUUUCCGAAGGCCGAAUCAUUCCCGUCAUGCUAAAUCUGGAAUUGUCUCGGUAUCCGCCGGAGCUAAAGUUUAUACAAGCCGUCAGGUCCCAGUCCUGGGAUGACAGCGUCUUCGGUAAAAUAAGGAACAGUAUUUUAAGCUAUAUGAUCAAUAACCUGCAGAUUAUUGACAGUAGAAUGGAGAGGCAACCUGCGUCCAGCAGUAACAUCAGUAGCAAUGAGACGCACAGCAGCGGCGGCACAAUGGGAAGAGAAGGCAGCAAUAGCACCCACAAUACAAGCAGCGAGGCACCCACACCCUGCAGUUCUAGGCACAAAGAAACCUCUGAUCUGCUGGGAAUCAGCAGUGACUUGCAUGGAAGGAGCUGUAAAGCACAGGGGUCCUGCAGUAAAAUGGAGACUGAACUCCCCAGCAGAGACAUGGAAGGAAGAAGCAUUGAGACACAGAGUUGCGAUACAGAGUCGACCAACAUGGACCUUCAAUGCAAUGGCAUGCAGGGUGCAAGCAAUACUGGCUACGCACACAGCUCCAACCCCAACACACAGACAGCAGAUAACUCCCCCUGUAUAGGCAGCACUAAGGUAUCUACACAACUGACUAAUAGUGACUGGAACACGUGUGAAGGUGCCCUAGCACUCAACCAAAAGGCUGGCUCUUGCACGUGGACUUCUGGGAGUACAACAGAUAUGUAAAGACUGUGCCUGAAAUACUCAUAAUACUCUCUACUGUAGUAAUUAUUAUUAUUAUCAACAUUUAUUUAUAAAGCGCCAACAUAUCCCGCAGCGCUGUACAAUAAGUGGGUUUCAUACAUUGGGCAUACAGAGUAACAUAUAAAGCAAUCAGUAACCGAUACAGGAGGGGAAGGGAGCCUUGCCCAAAAGAGCUUACACUCUACAAGGAGUAACAUAUAAAGCAAUCAGUAACCGAUACAAGAGGGGAAGAGAGCCCUGCCCAAAAGAGCUUACACUCUACAAGGAGUAACAUAUAAAGCAAUCAGUAACCGAUACAGGAGGUGAAGGGAGCCCUGCCCAAAAGAGCUUACAAUCUACAAAUGGGUGGGAAUAUAAGAUACCUGUGGGACCUGUGGGUUGGUACGGUCACAAAGUGGGGUGUAGGAGUGUAACAAUAAAGGAAACAAAGGAAAAAAAAUGUUCAUGUAAAAUGUCUUGUUCCCAAUGUUUAGGGGUCAAAUGAUUUAGGGGGUCCAAUAACCAUAGUCAUAAACAACCCAAUACAAACAGCCGAUGUGACUCUAUAAUAACCAGUCAUUCCCCUGCUGGAAAGU